AUGGUGCAGCAAUCCACGCGAGGGUGGAAGGCCAUUACGAUUGGCCUAGUCUCCAUCCUUGCCGGAUCAGCUCUCGCAGGACCAGACCUGACAUUGAAACAUGAGAAGGGAAGGUGCGCGAUACGUGGACAAUGCGGAAAGCAGAGUUUCUUCGGGUCAGAGCUGCCCUGUCCAGACAACGGUCCAGCAAAGACGCCAGACAAUGACGUGCGGAAGAAACUGGUCGACAUCUGCGGCUCCCAGUGGUCAGACACCGACAUCUGUUGCGACGAAGACCAACUCAACGCCCUCAAGACGAACCUCGACCGCGCCACGCCCAUCAUCAAUGCCUGCCCUGCCUGCAAGGAGAACUUCUACAACCUGUUCUGUACUUUCACGUGCUCCCCCGAUCAGUCCACGUUCAUCAAUGUCACACAAACCGAGCCCAAGGGAGACAAGUACCUGGUGACCGAGCUGGACAACUUGGUAUCCGACAAGUACGCGUCAACCUUCUACGACAGCUGCAAGGAUGUCAAAUUCGGCGCGACAAAUGGCAAGGCUAUGGACUUCAUUGGAGGAGGCGCCAAAAACUACACACAGUUUCUGAAGUUCCUGGGCGACAAAAAGUUCUUGGGCUCGCCUUUCCAAAUCAACUUCCCCCGACCAAACGAGGCUGACUUCCCUGGAAUGGAUGCGAUGAACAAGCACGCCUACCCUUGCGACACCGACGAGGAGAAGUAUCGUUGUGCCUGCCUCGACUGUGGCGGGUCCUGCACCGAGCUGCCGGAAGUUCAGGAGGAGAAACAGUGUCACGUUGGCCUGCUGCCCUGCCUUUCAUUCGCCGUCAUCAUAAUCUAUUCCUUCUUCCUUGGCUUGCUAUGUACCGCCGUUGCAGGCCAUGUUGCCUACAAGAACCAUUCGAAACAUAAGACCGAGCGCAUGCGCCUCUUGCAGGACACAAGCCCUAGCGACGACGAGGACGAGGGUGACAUAGUACACAACGUUGGCAUGCUGGAUCGCCCUACCAAGCACUACUUCAUCAACACAUGGUGCGACCGCAUGUUCAGUCGCCUUGGAUAUAUUUGCGCUCGUUUUCCUGCUAUCACCAUCGUCACUAGCGUCGUUGUGGUCGGUUUGAUGAGCUUGGGUUGGUUGCGUUUCCAAAUUGAAACCGACCCUGUCAAUUUAUGGGUUUCCCCCGACUCAGCUGCCGCUCAGGAGAAGGCUUUCUUCGAUGAGAAGUUCGGUCCCUUCUUCCGUGCUGAGCAGGCUUUCCUUGUAAACGACACGCUAGAAAGUUCUGGUCCUGUUCUCAGUUACGAAACUCUCGAUUGGUGGUUCGGCGUAGAGAACCAAAUCCAACGUCUCAAGUCCUACGAACAUGGUGUAACCCUCGAUAAGGUAUGUUUCAAGCCAGUAGGCGACGACUGUGUUGUUCAGUCUGUGACGGGAUAUUUUCAAGGCGACUUCGCAAAUGUUUCCCCUGACAGUUGGCAAGACGACCUGCUGCAAUGCGUCGACAACCCCUCUCAGUGUCUACCUACUUUCCAGCAGCCGCUCGAUCCUCAUCUUCUCUUCGGCGGCGUCAACGAAACCGUCCUGGACGCAAGGGCACUUGUCGUUACCUGGGUUGUGCAGAACCACCCCAAGGGCACCCCAGAAGAACAGCGCGCUAUGGACUUCGAAAAUGAGAUGAAGAAUUACCUUAAGUUCGUAUCUGAAGAAGCUCACAAGAGAGGUCUGCGCCUGAGCUUCAACACCGAAGUCAGUCUUGAGCAAGAGCUGAGCAAGAGCACCAACACAGAUGCCAAAAUUGUGGUCAUUAGCUACAUCAUCAUGUUCCUAUACGCAUCCCUGGCUCUGGGCUCUACCACGCUCACUGUACGGUCCGUUCUUCGCAACCCAGCGAAUGCUUUCGUGCAGUCCAAGUUCAUGCUCGGUACUGUCGGCAUUUUGAUCGUACUCAUGUCUGUGUCCGCAUCCGUCGGAUUGUUUUCGGCAGCUGGCAUUAAGGUCACCUUGAUCAUAGCAGAGGUCAUUCCGUUCCUUGUCUUGGCUGUCGGUGUUGAUAACAUUUUCCUCAUCGUGCACGAGUUUGAGCGCAUCAACAUUAGCCACCCCGAAGGCAGCAUCCCGGAACGCGUAUCGCGUGCACUCGGGCGUAUGGGUCCUUCGAUCCUACUUUCCGCGCUUACAGAGACGACUGCAUUCGCUCUUGGGUGUGCCGUAGGCAUGCCGGCUGUCCGGAACUUCGCCGCAUACGCUGCCGGAGCAGUCUUCAUCAACGCUAUCCUUCAAGUAACCAUGUUCAUCGCCGUGCUCGCUUUGAACCAGCAACGCGUUGAGACAAACCGUGCUGACUGCUUCCCCUGUGUUCGUGUCGGCAAGGCCGAUCCUGGCUACCUCAAUGGCGGUAUGGGAUAUGGCGCUGGUGAAGAAGGCGCACUACAACGUUUCAUUCGUAAGACGUAUGCCCCGGCGAUUUUGGGGAAAAAGACAAAGGUUGGGAUCAUCGCGCUGUUCUUUGGAAUUUUCACAGCCGGUCUCGCCCUCUUCCCUAGUGUAGAGCUUGGCCUUGAUCAACGCAUUGCUAUUCCAAGUGAUUCUUAUCUUAUCCCUUACUUCAACGACCUUUACGACUAUCUCGAUGUCGGUCCACCAGUAUACUUCGUCACCAAGGAGCUAAACGUUACCGAGCGAAAGCCCCAGAAAGAGCUUUGUGGACGCUUCUCUACUUGCGACCGAGAGAGCUUGGCCAACAUCAUCGAAGCGGAGCGUAAGCGACCCGAGGUUUCACAUCUCGCAGCCUCAGCCGCCAACUGGCUCGAUGACUACUUCCUAUGGCUAAACCCCGAGAACGAGAAGUGCUGCGUCGACGACAAGGGAAAACCGUGCUUCCAGGACCGCCAACCCCCUUGGAACAUGACUUUGUCAGGUAUGCCUGAAGGCGAGGAGUUCAUCCACUACCUUCAGCGCUGGAUUGAGGCGGACACUACUGAAGACUGUCCCCUUGGUGGAAAGGCUGCUUACUCCGAUGCUCUCGUUAUCGACUCAAAGCACCUUACCAUCCCCGCUUCCCACUUCCGCACUUCGCAUACGCCUCUUCGCUCACAGAGUGACUUCAUCUCUGCUUACACUGCAGCACGUCGCAUCUCGAAGGAGAUCUCCAAGGACGUUGAUACGGAGGUCUUCCCGUACUCCAAGUUCUACAUCUUCUUCGAUCAGUAUACAACCAUCGUUCGCCUAGCUGGUGCGCUCAUCGGCUCUGCUCUCGCUGCGGUACUGGUUAUCACCACCAUAAUGCUUGGCUCCCUAGCCACUGGUCUGGUCGUCACCCUCGUUGUUGGCAUGACUGUGUCUGCUAUCAUCGGCUCAAUGGCUGUCCUAGGCGUAUCACUCAACGCCGUGUCGCUUGUCAACCUUAUCAUCUGCGUUGGUAUCAGUGUCGAAUUCACGGCACAUAUUGCCCGUGCUUUCACCUUCCCCAGCCGUGCUACUAUGGAAAAAGCACCAAGACACCGCUUCCGGGGCCGUGAUGCCCGAGCCUGGACUUCCAUGGUCAACGUGGCAAGCAGCGUGAUUAGCGGCAUUACGAUCACAAAGAUUCUGGGUGUGGGUGUGUUGGCUUUCACUAGGAGUAAGAUCUUCGAAAUUUACUACUUCCGCGUCUGGGUCGCCCUCGUACUGUGGGCAAGCACACAUGCCCUUAUUCUCCUACCCGUGCUACUUUCCCUAGUAGGGGGUGGAGGUUACGUCGACCCCGAAAGCGAAGGUGGCCUCCAGGAGGACCUACGUCGCCGCCAGUACCCAGCUUUACUGGCCGAGGAAGACGAGUACGACAGCGACGACUAG